GUCGAAGAUAACUAGUUAGUUUUUUAAAUACAGUGCGCACUAUGUUUGUGAUCUUUAUUAUUUUCACUUUUAUUACGAGGUUACAUGCAGCUGACCAAGAGUGUUCUAUUGGAGGCCUACAGGGUACUUGUCAGCCAAUAAGUGCUUGCAGCGGAGUUUUUAGUUUGCUGAAAAACACCGAUAUUAAUUUUUGCCAGGAGGAAGAACCCGAACUUUACAUUUGUUGUCCAGAGUUUUUACCAACAAGUUCCCCUGUUGAGCAAGAUGAGAAUCCAUCGUCUAUAAGUGUAAAAAAAUGUGCAGAAUAUUAUCCACCAGCAGAGUUUGUUCUAGCUGCCGCCGGUGGUACUAAGUCACUUCCAAAACAAUUUCCACAUAUGGUAGAUUCAUAUGACAAUAUGACUGCUUCUGGAUGGGGUAAAGUAGGAUUUGCUGAAGAGCAAAGUAGCUUUUUGCUUCAAGUUCGUUUAAAUGAAGUGGAUACAGACAAAUGCAAUAGAUUAUAUAACGACGUAAAAAGGUCGGUCCUGUCGCAGGGCGUUGAUGGUGAUACGAUGAUCUGUGCUGGAGGAGAAAUAGGAGUAGAUACAUGUGAAGGAGAUUCAGGAGGACCUCUUCAAGUCAAAAAUAACUACAAAUAUAGUAAUGGAAAAGGUUUUAGAAUAGUUGGAAUCACCUCGUUUGCAUGUUGUAUUGGAGGCCUACACGGUGUUUGUCGACCUGCAAGAGUCUGUGGCGAUGUUUUUAAAUUAGUGACAAAUGCCCAUUUAGGAUAUUGUUUACCGGAGGGACCUGAACCUUACAUUUGUUGUCCUUACGUGCUAACAGCACAUAAUAGAAAUCCUCUAUAUUCCUUCAUGCAGAACGUUGAGCAGAAUAUUAUACUGCCUAAAGAAACAAUCUCAUCUGCAAAACCUAAUGAGGAUCCAUUUCCAGUCAGUGUACAAAGACCCAUAGGUUCUUUAAUAUCCACAAAAGGUCCUAUGAGUUCCACCAUGAAGUACGAUGAGCUGAAAAGUUCCCUAUCUGAAGAUGUGCCCUUAUCUAAGGAACUAAAUAAAGGCCCAUCAUCAAUUAAUGCACAAAUUAACAUAGUUUCUUCAACAUCCACAGAAAAUCCUAUGAAUUCCACCACACAGAAUGGAAUGGAAAGUCUUGAGCCUAAAGAAAUGCCUCCACCUAUAAUAGAUGAAGAUCCAUCAUCAGUUAGUGUAAAAAAAUGUGGGGAAUACUAUUCACCAGCAGAGUUUGUUAUAUCUGCAGUAGGUGGUACUAAGUCACUUCCAAAACAAUUUCCACAUAUGGCACUUAUAGGUUUUGGACCAGAAGGGGAUAAACAAUGGUUAUGUGGUGGUUCGUUGAUAAGUUAUAAUUUUGUCUUAACUGCAGCCCAUUGUCUUCAAUCAACUGAUUAUGGUGAGGCCAAGUGGGUCCAUCUAGGUGAUCUCGAUAUUUCCACAGAUGAAGACGACGCAGAACCCCAGGAUUUUAAAAUAAUUAAAGCAAUUGCACAUCCAAAUUAUUCAUCUUCUUCAACAUAUCAUGAUAUUGCUUUACUUCAAUUAGAUCGAAAUGUUGUUUUGACAGAAUAUGUAGGAAUAGCCUGUUUACAAACAGUGAAGACGAUAUAUGAUUCAUAUGAUAAUAUGACCGCUACUGGGUGGGGUAAAGUAGGAUUUGCUGAAGAGCAAAGUAGCUUUUUGAUUAAAGUUCGUUUAAAUGAAGUGGAUACAGAGACAUGCAACAGAUUAUACAGCGACGUAAAAAAAUCGGUCCUACCACAGGGAGUUGAUGGUGAUACGAUGAUCUGUGCUGGAGGAGAAAUAGGAGUAGAUACAUGUGAAGGAGAUUCAGGAGGACCUCUUCAAGUCAAAAAUAACUACAAAUAUAGUAAUGGAAAAGGUUUUAGAAUAGUUGGAAUCACCUCGUUUGGUAAAGCAUGCGGUAUCACUAGAAGUCCAUCCAUAUACACGAGGGUUUCUUAUUACGUUGACUGGAUUGAGAGUAUUGUGUGGCCCGACGAAUACAAAAUGGCACAUCCGUAAAAUUACACCAGAGUGACAUGAUUUUUCAAAUUAUUUUGAUAUAAUAUCUUGCAUAAACAAAUUAUUGUCAAUAAAAUUUUACUUAUUAAUCAUUUAAAAAAAAAAAUUGAUUGAAUGACAUUAUAUGUAUACAGACAGUAUUCCAUCUUCCAUGUUCUCCUCCCCC